AUGCCCUGGCGGCCUCUCUCUCGAAUCGCUUUUGCCGUUGCUAUAUACCCGUUUCAACCCUCGACCCCGGCCGAUUUACCUCUGGAGCUUGGUGAUGAGCUAUACAUAAUAGAACAAGGGGGUGCCAAUGGAGAAUGGUGUCGCGGUUAUCUCGUGGCUCCGCCAUCAUUGUUGGCGGGCUUAACGAGCACAAAAGGACAGACCCUCGAAGCGAGGGUCUUCUCCGGCAUUUUUCCCCGCAACUGUGUUGAGAUUCGUGAGGUUCUUGGCGAUGCAGACGGGCAGCGAACUUUGACAAAUGGAGAUAGGAGGAGUAUCGAACAAGGGGACGGCCCAGAUGGCGAUAGCCCACGCUCACUUUGCAGUACUACUUUGAAGUCGCCGUCCCUGCCUCACACUCCCAUCACAAUGACACCCCGAGACCCGCACGGUCCCAAACCAGCAGCUCCUGUACCUAUGCUCAAGAUCGGUGACGAGACUCCAACCUCCCUGUCGGAACCUCUAGUGGACGAAAUUGCCUCGUGCUUGCGCGAAUGGCAUUCGACGAACCUUCACCAGCUCCUGCUCAAUCGACAAUAUGACGUUAUUGAGGAGAUGUCGGCUAUCGUUCAAGAGCUUGACCUUGCCAGGAGACAGCUUCUCUACAAUGUGCUCACCGCACAGGAGAAGGAAGGGUUGCGACAGGAGGUCGUGUGGAAACUGGUGCGGGCAAAUAAAAUGUUAAGCGGAGACGUCAUCGUCAGAGAUCCCGAACAGCGUGGCCGUUUAUUGACCGGCGAAGAUUCCGCCGUCCAAUUGACAAAGCUCCAGUCUGAGAUGAGCAUGCUAGAAAGCAGUCCUACAAAUCCAUCCGACGCCGCAGCGAUCCAUCACCUACUCUUAGAAGUCAAUGCAGUUUCUGGCAACUCUCCUGGGCCCGUGACGCUUGCUGUGAAUUUGUGCUCUCAAUCGGAGACCGGUGGCCUCAACCCUCUGUCCGAAACAUACAUCUUAGACAUCCCAUCGCCGGAGAAAUUUGCAAGCAUGGGGCAGAGCAGCAAGCUCAAGACUCUUUUCACCGAAUUGUGUGCCACAGAUAUCGGCGAUGGAUCUGCGAACGGGCCCAAGCUAUACUUGGUCGUCGCAGUCCGAGCACCAGAGACUGCUUCGACAGGCGCCCCGUCUCAACCAAGAUCUUCGGUUUCUAGAGAGGGAUCCUCCGCUUCCAAAACAUCAACGGGGGCCAAUCAACAAGGAAAAAGCAGCUUGAAGACCCGCCGCAGCAUGAUGUGGACGUCGAAACCACGUGGCAUUCCAAGCGCUGAGCAGGGUAAAGAGAAUUCCAAAGGCCCGCCUGAAUCUGCGGAGAGCACGUCCAGCAACAGCAAAGAACCAGCCAAUAGCCAGCCGGCAAAGGAAACCACUCAGAUCCGCACAAUAGGCGUGGGUAUCUUAGAAAUAUCACAGAUCGUUGGCCAAGACAAGGAUACUGAACAAGUAAUAAACAUCUGGUCUUCGUCAGAAGAAAACGAAAAUGGGGAUGAACAUUCGGAUGGCUUCGAUGAAGUAAUUCGCACGUUGCUUCCAAGUCCCAGCGGGAAGUAUGUGAGAUCCCCACGAGCCGCACGGCUUCAUCUACACCUAUACCCUUUUGUGGGCAGUGAUUCAGAUGCCUUGGUUCGGAAAAAUCCUACAAUUAUGCAUAACGUCGUCCAAACUAGGAGAAUUGGGUUUUCCCAAGCUCCGACUAAACCUAGAUCUGAUAUCUAUGUAACAAUAUCCCAUGCUACUUUUCCUCCCGAGGCCUUACUUUCGCAUCCUCAAGCGGGCCAAGUUCCCGUGCCGACAAAUUCAGGACUCCGCAAUCUACAGUUGACCCUGGAGGUACGUGCCUCGUCAGGAGCCCGGAUAGAACGAUGUGUUUUCCCCUCGUCCAACAAUACGGCGCACACAGCUUGGCGCACCACGAUAGCCGCACGAGGUGUGCCUUGGAACCAGACCAUUCGCCUCAACAUCCCUACGGACCAAAUUCCAGGGUCCCAUCUGAUCAUGAGCAUUGCAGAUGCGCCUGAGUUUCCAUUCGCUCUUGCUUGGAUGCCGCUAUGGGAUAAUCAAGCCUUUAUGCGAGACGGCCCUCAUUCGUUAUUACUACAUGCCUACGACAAGGUAACUUCCAGUAUCGAGAAUGGUAAGGGAGCCUAUCUGUCGCUCCCCUGGAGCUCGCUGGGCAAGAAUGAGUCUGCCAAGGACGAGGCUAUCACCGGACCGUUAGCUACGUUGCGCUUAGAGACCAGCCUCUGUAGCACAGAGUACUCCCAAGACCAGGUGAUACUAAGCCUCCUAAACUGGCGUGAACGUCCGGUAGAUGAAGUCUUGGAUACGCUGAAGAGGGUCCUUUUCGUGCCAGAAAUCGAAAUUGUCAAGCAACUUAGCAGUGUCUUCGACGCUCUCUUUGGGAUCCUGGUAGAAAACGCUGGAAAUGAAGAAUAUGAGGACUUAAUAUUCAAGAACCUGGUCACGGUUCUGGGAAUUGUCCAUGACCGACGAUUCAAUCUUGGCCCAUUAGUCGACCAUUACGCUGAGAACCAAUUUAACUUCCCGUUUGCCACUCCAUGCCUCAUUCGAAGCUAUCAACGUCUCCUGCAGGGUGCUUCUGAUGGGCAGCAGUCUCGUAACCUUCGUGCCACUUUUAAGGUGGGACGGCACGUCCUUAAAUUCAUCAUCAAUGCUAGGCAGCAACAAAAAGUGAAGGAGGAAGGCAUCGGGAUCACCCGUGUUCAAUCGACUUUCAACCGGGACCUGCACAUGAUGUUCAAGUCUCUUGAGGCUCUCAUGAAGAACCCUUCGCCUGCCAUGAUUGGAAGCAAGACGCUUGUUGUCCAGCAUUUCCACACAUGGCUGCCCGAGCUAACAAAGGUGCUUCCCAAGGACGAGAUAAUCAUGAUAGCCCUCAGCUUUAUGGAUUCGUGCAAAGAUGUCAAGGGCAUGCUAAUCCUUUAUAAGCUAGUGCUGAUACAGCAUUAUACACGUCUCGAAAUAUUCAGUACUGGGCCGGAGAGGAAAAGUUUGGUCUCCAGUUGUAUAGGCUGGCUGGCACCGUAUUGGGGGGCUAUCGGACCUGUUUCUGAUUUGUACCGUGAUCAAGUUCGGUUGAACUGUGCAAUAGUCGCAGAACUCGCAAAGGAGCCUGACCCAUACGUGUACGACUUCAUGCCCAAGAUCGUCUCUUCAUAUUACACCAUUAUACCCGACGGUGUGGAAGAUACCAGUUAUCUCUCCCUGCUCUUCAGCAAAUCCUUCCCGUUCCAGGUGAAACCGUCCAAGCAAACGCAAAAGUUUGAUGAAGCUUUGGUGGAGCUGUCCGCAAUCAUGGCUGCCACCGCAGCAAUACCUAACCCUAAACGACCUCGGUUGAAAGGCUUAGAGCUUGCUACUUUUCUCUCUCAGGCUCUUGAGGUCCAUACGUCGAUCUUGAAUUGCGAGGCAUACCCUGAGAGCUGGCUCAGUGUUCACGUAUACAACCACCGGGCGACGGUGAAGAGUCUUGAGUAUCUCUCUUCGCUUUUGAUCGCCAAAUUCCUACCGGCGCCAGAAGAUGCAGAGAAGUUUGAUACACGACUAUGGGAAAGCUUUUUCAUGACUCUACUAAAGGUCGUGUCGAGCGAUGUCCUAGCUCUUGAGACCUUCCCGGAGCAGAAACGGCGUGCUAUCUGGAAGAUCGCUGGCGAUGUCCGUGAGCAAGGCGCCGAGCUGUUGCAUUCCAGUUGGGAAGCCAUAGGCUGGGAUACCACAGAAGAAGAGAGGGAGCAGUAUGGCCUGAAAAAGCUUGGGGGAUAUCAGGUUCAGUAUGUCCCUGGUCUCGUGGCCCCUAUCAUCGAGCUGUGUCUCAGUGUCCAUGAAGGUUUGCGACAUGUGGCGGUUGAGAUUUUGCGGACAAUGAUUCUCAGUGAAUGGAGCCUUAACCAGGACCUGUCCAUCAUUGAAACGGAGAUCAUUUCUAGUCUGGAUAAUCUCUUCAAGACGAAGAAUAUGAACGAAGGCGUUGUCCAGAAGCUCUUCAUUGCUGAGUUGACGGAGCAUUUCGAGAACUGUUCUUCCUUCGACGAAAGCCUCUCAAAUGCGGUCAAAGCGCUUAUCGCAACUGUAGAUGAGCUUCUUGAUCUAUUCGUAGCCUCGCAAAGUGGAUCUAUGGCUGAAAGUUUGCAUUCCCUCAGGCUGAUGGAGUACAUGAAAGACAUGGGCCGUGAAGAUAUCUUCAUUCGCUAUGUUCACGAAUUGGCUCAGCUUCAAGCCGCAGCAGGUAAUUUUACUGAAGCUGGCCUUGCACUCCAAUUUCAUGCCGAUCUCUAUGAGUGGGAUCCGAGGCGGUCCCUUCCUGAGCUUCUCAACCCCACUUUCCCAGAACAGACAUCGUUUGAGAGGAAAGAGUCCUUGUACUUCUCAAUUAUUCAAUUCUUUGAAGAUGCUAAAUCUUGGGCACAUGCACUUGUCUGCUACAAGGAGCUAGCUCAACAAUAUGAAGAUACUAUCAUGGACUUCGCCAAGCUCUCCCGGGCACAAAGCUCAAUGGCCAAGAUAUACGAGAUCAUUGCAAAAGAGGAGAAACAAUUCCCCCGUUACUUCCGUGUGCUGUAUAAGGGACUCGGUUUCCCAGCAACCCUACGAGAUAAAGAAUUCAUCUUUGAAUGCUCUCCAACCGAUCGUAUGGCCUCCUUCGUCGACCGUAUGCAGAGGGAACACCCAGCUGCGCAGAUUGUAUCGCCGGGAGAAGUUCACGAUUAUGAGGGCCAGUUCUUACAUAUUAGUCCGGUUACUGUUCACCGUGAUAUGACACAUCCGGUCUAUCAACGAUCUAAAGUCCCGUCAUCUGUAAGGGAUCACCUCUUGAUUUCCGAGCCUUGCCGCUUCAGUUCGACAUUAAAACGACAUAUUCGCGGUGCGGAUGUUCAGGAGCAAUGGGUGGAGAAGGCAAUUUACACAACUGCGGAGCCAUUCCCUAAUAUCCUCCGGAGAAGUGAAGUUGUUGCAGUUGAAGAGCUAGCACUUACCCCCAUGCAAACCGCCCUUGAACGAACUUGGCGCAAAACUCAAGAACUAACAUUGCUGCAAAGGCGCGCCGCAUCUGGUGAGGACAUGAGCUUGUCGAACCUAACAGAGGCGCUAGAGCAGUUAUUAGAGCUCAACUCGUCUUCGGCCGGCUGUGUAGCCCUUUAUCGACAGUUCUUGUCGCAUCCGCAAGGCGAUGCUGAGCACGAUGAUACCCCAACACCAGUUGAUCCUCUGAACCAGGCUCUAGCUGUCGCUCUGAUUGAUCAUGCCUUGGCAAUCAAACAAGCCCUGGCCCUCUUCUAUCGACCAGCGCACCAAGCCACGCAGGCUGAAUUGAUGCGCCGCUUCGAAGAGGCGUUUGCCCCGGAACUUGCUUCUCUUAGUCCUGUCGUACAAGAGACACCCCAUUCAGCACCGCGUCAGUCUCCUCGCUCUUUACAAGAUCGUAAACAGCAGGCAGCUCUGCGCUCCAACACACCGGAGCAAGAACUGAUCCGUUCUUCACGGCAAAGCCACACUCGCAAACAUUCCCAGAGGCCAUCAGUCAUCAGUAUCAUGAACCCCUUCAAACGUGUAAAUUACGCAGCAAGCGGCUCGGUCACCAAUGGCAAUGGAGAUUCAAAGUCGCCACUGGAUGGGAACGAUAAUGGUCCGGUUGAAAACGGCCGAGUCGAGGAUACAGACCGUGAAGACGCAGCAACAAUAAACAGCCGGACCACCAGUCAAUCACGGGAUACUCAGAGUCGGCGCAGAAGCUUCUUUGGAGAAAAGUUGCACAAACAUACUUCGUCGUUGUCAAUCACGAAACCUGUGCCUGAAGAUACCCAAGCGCAGAUAAGUCAACGUUCAAGAAGCGCUUCCCGGGAUGCAGGUGCGAAACCACAGAAGUCGCGGGAGACCCUUAGUCGGACAAGUUCACAAAACAAAGGGGUCUCUGGGAACGAUCGGCCGUCAGUCGUCAGCCCCAGAUCGGGAUGGUCCACGAUUCCUUCUAUUAGUGACUAUCCUCGCCCAGUGACACAGAGCAGCAGGACCUCAAUGAGAAGCCCUGACCUGGGUAGCCCGAAAAUUCCCCAGCAAACCCACUUUCCUACCGGUGGUGUUCGGGACUCUGUUAUGAAAAGAUUCAGCCUGCUUAAGGGUGUUGGGCGAAAGAGCAGUCGCCUCGAUUUUAGAUCUGAUACACCUGGCAUGGCAGUCCGCGAAGAGUAG